AUGAGCGACCUGCUAGACGAUGAGAUCGCCCAGGUCAGGGCCGAAAUUCAAGCCCUCACACAACAGCGCAAACUCCUCACCUCGUCCCUUCUUUCCUCGACACAAGUUCAAUCCCGCCUCUCCAACACCUCUCCACCCACCACUACGUACCCUCAACAAAAUGACGACACCCCGCUGAACAUCGACCACGUCCAAGAGCACAAUCAGACCAACAUUCACCGACUUGCCCUCGGCGUGACAGCUUUUCCCUUCAUCGACCCCUCGCCCGAACUCCAGGCCAAGAACCCCCUUCUCGGCAUCCGCAUCGACGUCUGCAACCGCCACGGCAAAUUCGAUUCUCCGUACUAUAUAUUCUGUGUUCGAUCGACCGACAGGGGACAAGAUCUACGUAUUCAUCGGCAUACGAUUCCCGCGCUGGUGCCGUUGGAGCAGUACGAGCGCGAGUAUUUGCCCUUGAGUUCCCCGACGCGGGAGGAGGAUGAAGGGUAUGUCGGAUCGGAUGGGGUCGAGAAUACUACAGGAGGAGCGCGAAAGCAAGACCUCCAUAUCCUUGUGUCACGAGUCAGGUAUGACCUCGUGAGCUGGCGCUUGAGGAAGGAUGCAGCGGAAUGGCUGAGGGAAGAGCUGGGUCUCUCUAGGCGGAGCAGGAAUGAAGGGAGAUCCAACGGCCGGGAUCCCGCCGAUUCAACCGGUGGAGAGCGUGCAAAGAGGCGCGAUCGAGCCAGCUCCAACAGUGAACACGGGGACGACGACGAUUCUGACCCAGACACCGAAAUGACAGACAGCGACUCGGAUCCAGACGAACUCACCGGCAAGUUCAACGUCGACUCGCUGACCACUCUUGAGGUCGACGCCCGCCAACUCCGCAUUAUCUGGUCGGACGACCGCGUCGGGCGCCUGAAGGUCUCCGAUGACGGCAAGAUCGAGAAGGCGGUGGUCAUCGGCGAAGACGGAACCCGAGUCAGGCAUGUCGAGAGGAUACUGAUGGGUGAUGAAAAAGAGGGCUGUAGCGUCAAGCAAUUGCUGAAGAGAUUGGAAACAGUGUAUACGAAGAGCAAGGAGAGGAAAGUCCAGGAGACCGCCGCCACGCGUACAAAUGCGCCUAUGGCAGUCGGGGGAAAGAGGAAACGGGAGUCAUGA